UUGGGAUCUGAAGAGAAGGUGCAUAAAUGUAAUCAACAUGGAAGAAAUUCCAGUGAUUUCCAGUCCUUUCAGAAGCAUGCAAGGUCAAAGGAUGGAGAGAAUCCCUGUGAAUGUGAUCAAUGUGGGGAAUCCUACUCUGAUCUUACUGAAAGAACUCACCUUAGAGAGAAGGGCUUUGCAUGUAAGAAAAAUUUGAAAGCCUGCAGUACACAGCAUAAUGUUCAGAUCCAUGAAAGAAAUCACAGUGGGGAGAAAUGCUAUGUAUGUAAGCAAUGUGGGAAAGCUUUCAGCACUCACAGUUACUGCAAAAUACAUGAAAGAGCUCACACUGAGGAGAAACCCCAUGUAUGUAAGGAAUGUGGGAAAGCUUUCAGCACACAUGGUGCUCAUCAAAGACAUGAAAAAAUUCAUGCUGGGGAGAAACCCUAUGUAUGUAGGCAAUGUGAGAAAUGUUUCGUGACACACGGUGCUUGUCAAAGACAUGAAAGUAUUCACACUGGGGAGAAACCCUAUGAAUGUAAGCAAUGUGGGAAAGCUUUCAGUGCACAUUCUUCUUGUCAAAGCCAUCAAAUAAUUCAUACUGGGGAGAAACCAUAUGUAUGUAAGCACUGUGGGAAAGCUUUCAGCAGGAGCCUUGCAUGUCGAACACAUGAAAGAAUUCACACUGGCGAGAAACCCUAUGUAUGUAAGCAAUGUGGGAAAGCCUUCAGCACACACACUUAUUGUAAAAUACAUGAGAGGGUUCACACUGGGGAGAAACCUUAUGUAUGUAAGGAAUGUGGGAAAGCUUUCAGCACAUGUAGAGCUUGUCAAAUACAUGAAAGAAUUCACACUGGGGAGAAACCCUAUGUAUGUAAGGAAUGUGGGAAAGCCUUCAGAAAUCAUAGUACUUGAAAAGGCCAUGAAAGAAUUCACAGUGGGGAGAAACCAUAUGUAUGUAAACUAUGUGGGAAAGCUUUCUGCAGAAACAGUUAUUGUCAAAUACAUGAAAGACGUCACACUGGGGAGAAACCCUAUGUAUGUAAGCAAUGCGGGAAAGCUUUCAGCAGGCUCAGUGAAUGUAAAAUACAUGAAAGGAUCCACACUGGGUAUUAAUCCUAUGAAUGUAAGCAACGUGUAAAUCCUCAGUACAGAUAAUUGUCAAGUAUGUGAAAGAACUCACAAGGUAGAGACCUAUGUAAUAAGUAAUUGGGAACGAUGCCAUACACAUUUUUAAAUACAUGAAAGAAAUCCCACUAGGGAGAAACUUUUAUGUAUGUAAGCCUAUUUUGAAAAUUCUUUGAAAAUUUGUCAUGUAAUGGAGACCUGUGGAAAUAAUACAUUAAGUUUGGUGUCAAUAUUUCUUCACAAAUUUUCCAGGAAAUACAAAUCCCAGGUGGAGAUAUGCAAAUGUA